AUGCCAAAUGACGACCUCGCCGCCACAUUGCCACUCAAUCCAAUCACAUCAGGCUAUUCCGAUAGAAAAGAGAGCGAGACACAAACCGACAAAGAGAGAAUCGAGUCGAACAUGCGUCCGUUGAGGUGGUUAUUUGGUCUCUGCGUUACCCCGCAGGCCGUCGGUGUUUUGACAGGCCAAGAUGCAUCAUCUGAAGGACAACCACUUCCUCCUAGUCAAGACCCGUGGUACAGAGCUCCGCCGGGCUUUGACAGGAAGCAGCCGGGGGGUAUUCUCAAGAUUCGGAUUGCCCCUGGAAAUCUGACGAGUGUGGUUGGCAACCCUUCAGCGGCGUACCACAUUCUGUACCGAACAACUGAUUCAACAAGCAAGCCAUCUUGGGCUGUGACAACUUUGUUCAUACCUCCAUCGUUCCACUUCUCACCAUCUGGAAAGGCAGCAUUGUUAUCUUACCAAUUUGCUUACAAUACUGCCAACCUUGAUUCGAGUCCAUCCAUCGGACUGUAUUGGAGACUGGCUCAAGAAAACCGCCACCUUGGUCUCAAGUCAAGUACUUCUCUCGUGAAUGAGAUGCUUACUCGUGGAUGGAUUGUCAACACACCGGACUACAUGGGACCGGAUGCGGCGUUUGGUGCCAGCAAACAGGCUGGACAGGCAACUAUUGACUCUAUCCGCGCCGUUCACAACCUUGCCAACAUGACUGGUAACAUGCCAAUAAAUAUGGCAAUUUGGGGUUAUAGCGGUGGCAGUAUUGCGACCUUAGCUGCCGCCCAAUUAGCACCACGAUACGCACCAGAGCUCAAAAUUGAGGGAACAGUUGUUGGAGGUCUUGUUGACGAUAUCUCCGCAGACUUUGACAACAUCAACAAAAGCCCCAUCGCUGGUACCUUGAUAGCCUUGUUGCUUGGGAUAACAGCACAGUAUCCAGAAGCUACAGCUUACUUGGAAAGUCGUCUGGUACCGGAAACCAAGACUGAGUUCUUAUCGGUAAGAGACAUGAAUGCCGGCGAUGCAUUACCAAAAUUUGCCGGCAAAGAUAUUUACGCUUACUUUAUUGGCGGUGCGGAGGACUUACAGGCACCAAUUCUGCAAAAGUUGUAUGAUGAUCAGGCGAAGCUUAGCGACAAGGGAGUGCCAUCGAUGCCGAUUUUUGUUUACAAGGCCAUAAAAGACGAAUACUGUCCCGUCGAGCAGACGGAUUCGACAGUGAAAACCUUCUGUGAAGCUGGUGCUGAUAUCCGUUAUGACAGAAAUACCGUUGGCAGCCAUGUUUUGGAGAUAGAGAAUGGCAAGCCCAGGGCAAUGACUUGGCUGGAUGGUAUCUUCAACGAGUCACACAUAACUCCUCCAUCAGGGUGUACUGUGCACAAUGUUUCCGUGGAUGUUGUAGGCAAGCCAUCAUAG